AUGGGGCCAUUUCCAAAUUCCAAUGGGAAAAUUGAGGCAUUGAUAAAAAAUUAUGGGGUCAUUCACAAAGUUUUUACAGUCUAUCCCCCUCAAACCAAUGGGCAAGCGGAAGUAUCCAACAGGGAGAUCAAAAGAAUAUUAGAGAAGGUGGUUAAUCCACAGAGGAAGGAUUGGAGUUCUAGAUUGGGAGAUGCAUUAUGGGCCUAUAGGACCGCUUACAAGACCCCAAUUGGAAUGAGCCCCUUCCGUAUUGUUUUUGGGAAGCCUUGUUACCUUCCGGUUGAGAUCCAACAUAGAGUCUAUUGGGCGGUGAAGAAUUGCAAUCCGGACUUAAAGGGGGCGGGAAUGGAACGUAAGCUUCAAUUGGAGGAAUUAGAAUGCCUUAGGUUGAAAGCGUAUGAGAAUGCUCAGUUCUACAAGGAAAAAGCUAAGGCAUUCCAUUACCAGAAUAUCAGGAGGAAGAAUUUCAAGAUAUGUGAUAAAGUGCUUAUGUAUAAUUAA